AUGAGGAAGAACUACCCAGUUACCCAAGUAUAUGAGUUUGGAUGUGUCGCGGUGGCAAAUUGUCUUGUGCAGCAUCCACCCAACCUGGAGCGGGUGAUGCAGGCUGGAGGGAUCGAAGUUGUUUUCUCCCUUCUCACAAAGCACAGCGGAGUGCCAGGCGUGCAGGAAGGAGGCUUUCACUUCAUGAACAUGAUCGCCACUCACAGUGAAGCUGCUGCUAAACAGAUUCUGAAGGCUGGCGGUGUCGAGCUAAUCAUCAAAGGAAUGAAGAAGACAGAGUCGAAUGCUAUGGCACAGCGGUCUGGCUGCCAUGCUUUGAGCGGCCUUGCAAGCAUGAGUGUCGAGCUUGCAACAAGGGUUGGAAAACAAGGAGGCCUCGAAGCUGCUACGGUUGCAUUGCAAAAGCACAAGGACCAUGCGCUUGUUCAGGAGAUGGGGUGCCGCGUU